AAACCCUAAAAUAAUUUCCUCUGAAACUUUCCAACCUCACUGAAAAAAAAAAAAAAUACUCCUAAGCAACACCCUUUCAAUGGAGAAGAUAGAAAAAGCUACCAAAGAGGUUUUGGUUGACAUAGUGAAGUUGGCACAAAAGAGAGGAAUGAAAGGUAGUAAUGGAGGUUGGAAGGAUUUCUUGGCUGUUUAUGAUAAGAACGGGGUCAGUUUAAGUGAUCCCGCACGGCGCUCCGAAGAGGCGUUGAUUGGUUUUUUGAAAACAUUUACCAAUGCUGAUGAUUUGAAGUUUUUUGAGAAAGUUUUGGAAAAUCAUGAAAGUUUGGAACAUAUUAAGAAGAAAUCAGAUAAACUGUCUCCUGAACAGGAGCUGGUGUACAAGACUAUUGGUCAUCCACAAUAUACACUAACUUAUACAUUUCCGGUACAUGAAGAGGGGUGGUUAGUUACAAAGAGUAGAAAAAAGAAUAAGGCAACGAGAUCUAAUACAAUGAUUGCUGUUGAUUGUGAGAUGGUACUCUGUGAAGAUGGCACCGAGGCCUUGGUUAGGGUUUGUGUCGUUGACCGUGAUUUACAGGUAAAACUUGAUGAACUUGUUAAACCGGAGAAAGUGGUUACUGAUUAUCGAACUCAUAUAACUGGCGUUGCUGCUAAAGACUUAGAAAAAGUAACUUGCUCAUUACAAGAUGUACAGAUAUCUAUGAUGAAGUUGCUAUCAAGAGGAACCAUAUUGGUUGGGCACAGUCUAAAUAAUGAUUUACAAGCACUCAAGAUUGAACACACAAGAAUAAUUGAUACCUCCCUCAUCUUCAAAUUUUGGAGUGGCUCCAAUUUUAGGAGACCCUCUUUAAAUGAUCUGUGUAAGUCUGUUUUGAAGUAUGAACUUCGGAAGGAAGGUGCUCCUCAUGAUUGUCUGGAGGAUGCACGUGCAGCAAUGAAACUUGCUCUUGCUAAAAUACAAGGGGUAGAUGAUAACGCUAUUCCGUUGACUCAGAAUGAAGUACCUGAAGCAGAUACAAUGAAGCUACUUUGUCACCGCAUACCUAUCGGCAUUCCUGGAGAAAAGUUACUUGAAAUUAUUCCUGGAGAUUUCACAGUUGAAUUGAAGCCAAAUAAGAAAGCUGGAGGAGACAGAUAUACAGCUUUAGCAGUUUUUAAGAGCAAACAGGAGGCGGAUGACGCUUUUGAGGGGCUUGUUGGUGACCUAGCUAAAGAUUCAUCUGGGAGGCCACAGAAGUUAAUUUACUUUAAACUGGAUUCGGGUGUAGCUGGCAGUAUUUAUGUUCGUAAGAUGGUCCAAGAUGGCGAUAAGGUCCAAGUAGUAUCAAAUAAGAGGCCAUCUGAAGAUGAGAUGCCUACUCAGCCGAAGAAGUUAAAGACAGAAGAGACACUGAAAAAUUUAACGGAAAAUGAGUUACCGAGCCGUUUAAAUACAGAUGAGAAACCAGAAUCAAAAGAAAGUGUCCAAUGUAACAGCUGUGAUGGUUAUAUGAGAGAAAUUGAGAGCCUAAAGAAAAAAUUAAGUGAACGAGAGCAAGAGAUAUCAAUGUUACACAAGAUCAUAGUUUCUCAGGUAAGGAAACAGUCCGAUCUCUGACUAAAGAUUUCUUAGCAUCAGCUAUCACAGGGGAUUCAAAAUUGGAUCAAGUGCCUCCAAAAGCUUGACAUAAAAGAUCAUGGAGUGCUACUGUAUUGCUAAAAAUCAAGUUACCCACAAAGGUGUAAUUACCAUCAAAAAUUUUGGAAUCUAUGUUUCUAUUUUUGUUAUGUAACAUGUUUACACUAGUUAAUUGCAGCCUAGGCUUGCUAUUGUAGGUUUUUCAUACUUAAUUCUUUUUACUUUUUAGAUACGAGGAUGUGUAUUAUGAGCUUGCAAGUGCAAUCGCUUCGUGUUCUUAAUUUUUGUCAAGCUUUAACAGUUUCUUUGAGAGAUGAUCUUUGUGUCA